UCUUUGGCUUUCGAAACAUACAUCCUUAAGUUUUAUACUAAGCUCAGAACCGGUUAAUGAGAACCCAAGUCAGAGCGAUGUUGGACGAGAAGAUAACCAAAAAAAAAGCCCGGUUUAUUACAUUAUUUUCCUUUUUUAAUUAUAUUCAGUUUUUGAUUUUGUUUUUGGGUCAUCCGCCAAAUAUUUUCGUCUUUCAAAAAUUCUCUGAGCUUCUUCGCCGAUGGCGACUGCGGGAUCAAGCUACAGUGUCUCAACAAAUCAUCAAGUUCCUUCAUCUCUCGUGAAUCUAGGAAAUGCUGCUGGUGUUUGUAUAAUGAGCAGCGCAUGGAAAGAUGAACAAGAACCUUCACUCAUCAGUUUCAUAUCUUCGUUUCUUCGCGCAAACUCUUUCCGCCUUAACUUUGUCUCGAUUUCACCUGAUCUGAUCUUCAAUUGUGGAGGUGUUUCUAUUGCUUUUGUUUUUGUGACAAAAUGGGAUUGUUCCAAUGUUGCCAAUAUCUUCAGUAGAGUAAAGAGGCUGAAGGGACAAUUUGCUCAACUUUAUGUUGUUGCCACACUCUCAACUAAAGAGCAGAGUGAUUCUUUCAUGCGAUCUUACUUCCAAUAUGAGAUGGAGUUUGGGAAACCUGCAUUUUUACAAGUCACUGAUGCCGAGAUGGGAUUCGAGAAGAUUGUUAAAGUUGCUCACUCUCGUGGUGUGUGUAAGCAACAGAAGGUGGCGUCUAAACUCAAGGCUGAGAGAAAGCGAACUGUGCAAGACACAGAUAUUUUCAUCGGAUUUGUCACAUCCAUACCCAACAUUAACAAGCAUGAUGCAAACACGCUAUACCAAGCAAUAGGUUCAAUCGAAACAAUCGCUAAAACAUCCAAAGAAGACAUUUUAGCAAACACAGAUCUCUCUUCUGAAAAGGCUGAGACACUCGCCAGGUUUUUCCAAGAUCCCGAGUUCUACCUCACUCCCAAAUUCAACUGAUGUUAAUCGUAGAAACAGUUCAGUUUCUAAAGGUACCAGCCACUCAAAGACCCUAUUCGUAGUCCUUUGCUAUGGCUACAAAUCUACAAUAUAUACACCUAUUAGGAGCCAGUACCAGGUAAGUAAAUUGACUCACUUCUUUACCUUUGCUAGCUCCAUCUGAAUAUCAGUACUUUUCUUACAUUCGUUCCUUUUAUAGUGUCUAGAUGAUGUUUAGUAUCUGAACUUAAUCAAUAAAGAUAGGUACCGAUACUUUUGAUGUUGGUAGUAAUUACUCGAAGUAACACCAAACUGAAUUAUGAAAACGUUUGGUAGAUUGAUUGAUGAGUUUGACAGUUAAGCACACAAUAAAUGAUCACACUUGUUUACUUUA